CUCCAUCCACCUCGUCCCUUGGACCCCUUUUUUGAGACAACAGACAACUCAGAGCUGAUUUUUACUUUGCACUGAGCUAUGAUGGGUUGAGCCACGCCACUCAGCUUUGAACUCCAUCAGCUGUGUCAGCACUAACCGUCGGGUUGACAUGAGCUGCUGUACCGGCUCCACACCGCAAACGGGUUAUAAGAUGACAUCGCUUCCCAGCCAAUACUCAAACCAAGAGACGAACAAUCGCACUUCACUUCUUUUCGCCAUAAAUCCACCACCAUGCAUCUCCUUCUUCUUGUCUGCCUUCCAUUCCUCAUCUACCUCACCAAAAACAUCCUCCAGCUCCUCUACAUCACAUGGAACAGCCCCUCCCUGACCGCCAUCCCGGGCCCUUUUCUCGCCCGGUUCACCCGACUCUGGUACUUCAGUCGAGUCUGGAAAGGCCACUUCGAGGCCGACAAUCUCAGUCUGCAUGCGCGGUAUGGUCCUGUCGUGCGGAUCGCCCCGGGCCACUACAGCAUCAGCGAGCGUUCCGCCGUGAAGACGGUUUACGGCACGGGGAGCCGAUUCCCCAAAUCCGCCUGGUACGAAGGCUGGAAGCACCCGUCGCCUGAUCGGUGGACGUUGUUCCCGGAUCGCAACAUCAAGAGACACUCUGAAACGCGCAAGCGCUUCUCCAGCCUCUACUCCAUGAGCUCCCUCCUUCACUACGAAGAAUUCGCCGAUCAAUGCGCCGACCUCUUCCGCGACCGGCUUACCGAGUUCGCGCAGAGCGGUCAAACCUUUGACCUGCACCACUGGCUGCAAUGCUACGCCUUUGAUGUAAUCGGGGAUAUCACCUUCGGCCAGCGCUUCGGCUUCCUCGACCAAGGUGAAGACAUCGAAGACGCGAUCAGCGCCCUCCAAAAGGUGAUGGCCUACAGCACGCUGAUCGGCAUCUACCCGGAAUGGCACCCCCGCGUCUACGAGCCCCUCAGCCGCUUCACCUCCUCCGGGCCCGCCGGCCGAUCCUUCGUCAUGCGCUUUGUGUCCCAGAAGAUCCAACAACUGAACGAGCAACGCAAGACCCACCCACAGCAAGACGAAAUCACCACUACCACCCCACUCAAGACGCAAGACUUCCUCGAGAAGAUGGCGCUCGCCCGCGACAAGGACCCCGAGAAAGUGACCGACUACCACCUCUUCAUGAUGGGCAACUCCAACAUCAUCGCCGGCUCCGACACGACCGCCAUCAGCCUGUCGGCCAUUCUGUACCACCUGCUGCGCAACCCGGCUACGCUGGCGCGUCUACGCCGGGAGAUCGAGGACUUUACGGAGCAAAACCGCUGCAGCGCCCGCGUGACCUUCAAAGAAAGCCAGGCCAUGCCGUACCUGCAGGCGGUGAUGAAGGAGGCGAUCCGGCUGCACAGCGCGACGGGCCUGCCGCUGUGGCGCGAGGUGCCCGCCGGCGGGGCGGAGAUCAGCGGGUACCAUUUCCCCGAGGGGAGUGUGGUGGGCGUGAACACCUGGGUCGCGCACUACGAUGAGGGGGUGUUCCCGGACGCCCGAAAUUUCCGGCCCGAGCGGUGGAUCGAGGCGGAGAAGGGGGAUCCGGCGCGAUUGCAGCUGAUGAAUGAGAUGUACAUGCCGUUCGGCCUCGGCUCGCGCACGUGUCUCGGCAAGCACAUCUCCAUCCUCGAGAUGUCGAAGCUGAUCCCGCAGAUGGUCCGGGAUUUCGACUUCCACCUCGUCAACCGCACGUGGGACACGGAUAACAAGUGGUUUGUGAAGCCGUUGGACUUUUUCGUGAAGGUGUCGGUGCGAGGGGAGGGUGAGAAGGAGAUGCUAUGAGGGAUGGGGUAGCCGUGAAAUGAGGCUGAGAGCCGUGCUUUGUAUCCUGGAAUGACACGAGUUGAGGACAUUGACGACAAAUGACUUCUCCCGUGUAUGCGAUCUAAUAGCCCAAAAACGUGCAUCAUUAUAUAUCAUAUCAAGCAUAAAG